AGUAUCCAUUCCAAUAACGUAACUCCUUUCUCCACUUUCCUGUCCUUCACUUCCCGUUUUCUGCGAUCUCUUUCCCCAAAGUUUGUCUUCGAUCCCCUCUGAAAAUGGAAGAGAAAUCCAUGCCUCUCGAAGUCUUCGGCAUCGAAGUCAGUAACAGCGACCAUGGAUGGAAAAAGGUGUCGUAUGCAAAGAAGCAGAAGAAGAAUCAGCAGAAACCGUCGACGGAUUCCUCGAGGAUCACGGUCACCAAUGGAUCCGGCGCAUCCGGCGCGGACAAUGUGUUCGGGUCGCUGGAGAAGCAUGCCGAGGAGCGGCGCCGCAAAAUUGAAGCUCAUUAUGCCGCGAUGAAUGCUAACGACGAUGCUCCUGUGAGAUCAGCCACGAGGAAUCGUUCCGAUGACGAGGAUAGCGAUUUGGAAGGCGGAGCCAUGCAGAAUGGAGCUGCGGAUGAGAAGAAGAAGGAGAAGCAGAAGAAGCCGAAGGUCACUGUGGCUGAAGCCGCCGCCAAGAUAGAUGCCGAUGAUCUAUCGGUUUUCCUUGCUGACGUUUCUGCGACUUUUGAAUCACAACAAGAUAUACAGUUGAUGAGAUUUGCGGAUUACUUUGGACGAGCAUUUUCAGCUGUGACUGCUUCACAGUUUCCAUGGUUGAAAUUGUUCAGAGAGUCUACUGUUGCAAAGAUUGCAGAUGUUCCUGUUUCCCAUCUCUCUGAGUCUGUAUACAAGACUUCAAUUGACUGGAUCAAUCACAAGUCUUUUGAGGCUCUUGGCUCCUUUGUGCUAUGGUCCCUAGAGAGUAUCCUGGCAGACUUGGCAAUCCAACAAGCUGGUUCCAAGGGCUCAAAGAAAGGUGUCCAACAAACAUCAUCAAAAUCUCAGAUAGCUAUGUUUCUGGUUUUAUCAAUGGUACUGCGAAGGAAACCUGAUGUUUUAAUCAACCUGUUGCCAACAUUGAGGGAAAAUUCGAAGUAUCAAGGACAAGAUAAGCUUCCUGUUACAGUAUGGAUGGUAGUUCAGGCUGGUCAAGGUGAUCUGUGUGUUGGGUUGUACUUGUGGGCACAUUAUAUCUUGCCUUUAGUUGGAGGAAAAUCAGGUUCUAAUCCACAAACAAGGGAUCUGAUCUUGCAGUUAGCGGAAAGGAUUCUUGCUGCACCUAAAGCUCGUACUGUUUUGAUAAAUGGUGCUGUUAGGAAGGGAGAACGUCUGGUGCCACCAUCAGCACUGGACUUGUUGUUACGAGUGACAUUCCCUGCUUCUUCUGCCCGAGUUAAGGCAACUGAAAGGUUUGAGAAGAUAUAUCCCACCCUCAAAGAGGUUGCCCUUGCUGGCUCUCCUGGGAGCAAAGCUAUGAAGCAAGUUUCCCAGCAGAUUCUUUUACUUGCUGUAAAAGCAGCUGCUGAAGGCAUUCCGGAGCUAUCUCGGGAGGCUAUUGACAUUUUUGUCUGGUCUUUGUCCCAAAGUGCUGAUUGUUACAAGCAGUGGGACAAUAUAUAUGUGGAUAACAUCGAAGCAAGUGUUGCUGCCUUGAAAAAGUUGACAGAUGAGUGGAGAGUGUUGUCUGCAAGACAAUCUUCUCUUGAAGCUCUGGGUGUAAUGCUCAAAAGUUUCAGGCAUAAGAAUGAGAAAUCCUUAACAAGUGGGAUUGACGUUGCUCGCCAAUCACUCUUCAAAGAUGCUGACAAAUAUUGUAAGGUGCUGUUGGGAAGAAUAUCACGUGGACAUGGGUGCCUGAAGAGUUCAGCCUUCAUCAUUGCUUUACUUGGUGUUGGAGCAGCUGCCAUUUCGCUAAACAUAGAGUCAUGGGAUUGGAACAAGUUUUCAGUGUUGUUCAAUGUCCAGCAAUCCUUAUAGGCAGCAAGCGAAUAAAACAGAUUAACGUUAUACCCCUUCAACGAAUCAUGAGGCCAAAGUAAUCAAAAUCCGUCUGGAAUAAAUGGGCAGAGAGUGAGUAACUUUAUGUAAUAGUAGUUCGGUAUUUCCAAUAUACUUCAAAGGAUUACUGUUUCUGAAUCAAAAGGGGACUAACUAUGAGCCCCGCCAUUUUAACUUUAAAGGGAUAGCUUUUUAUACUCUA